AUGUCUCAAUAUCCGCCGCCACCAUCUUUCGGCUAUGGCCUUCCUCAGCAGGGCCAGCAGUCUUCUCAACCAGCUUUCCCUCACAAUCCCUAUGUUUACCCUGGCUACCACGCUUCGCCCUAUCCUUCUGCAUUCGCUUCUCCUGCUCAGCCGUUUACUCAACAGCCUGUACAGGUGUCGCAAGCAUCGCAAGCAUUACAGGCGUCCUUCGCUUAUAAUGCGACUCACAUUCCAGGACUUGGAAUGGCAAAUGCCCCGCAUGGAGUUGCGGCAUUCAACCCUUGGACUCAGGCUGCCCCGAUUCCUCCUCCUGUGACGAGUACUUCAACUGCUCAAGCUUCUCCAUCGACUUCGUUUAUCUCUCAACAGUCCGAAACCAUGCAAUCAGCACCAGCGGUCAGUGCACUAAGCAACCAGCCCGCGAAGCCUUCCAACCCAGCUACACCUGUGCCGCCAGUGUCGACCAGUCGUAUUGCUUACGAGGUUGAGAUCGAAGAGGGCGAACUGAGUGAAGGCCAGUUUGAGGAUUUGUACGAGCCUCAAGAAUCUGGUCCCAAGCCUACACAAUCUACCCCCAAGCUGUCUCGGACAGUUAAUCCAAGCCAGCCGACGAGCGCUGUGGACACUCCCGAUGGCGGCUUCUAUUCCUCCUCUGAUGAAGAUGAUGGACCCAAAGCUGCAGAGCUUGCUGCUGAAAAUCGUGAUCGGUCAGCGUCCUAUUCCCCAUUCCUUUCUCCGCGCGAGGGCAGCCGAGCUUCAACCUCUCAACCUCCUCUUAUCAAAGAGACUGUAGCGAACGGGAACCAUGCUGCUCCAAGCGGGGAAGCUUGUGAGUCCUGGAAUGCGAAACACAACUCACAGCCGUCUGUAAACUUUUCUGAGAGUCAAUCUGGUCAGAAUGCUCCCGCUACCUACUUGAACUCUUUUGGGUCCUUGCAAGAAGCCAGAAAAGCAGCUCAGAAGGCGCUUUUAAGGCUUCGGCCAUUGGGCCUCAGUUUCAAAACUUACAUCGAGGAAGGAUUUGACGAGCAAGUCAUCCGAAACCUCUUUCGCGACCUCCAAUUUAAAACGGAUGAGGAUUUGACAGGUGUUCAGCCCACUCCUGCCCAGCAGCAAAAUGAGGGUUCGAAGGCGACAAAGCCCGGUCAGGCUGUCGCAACACUGCAACCAACUUUUGGUUCCAAGGUUGCUACCGCACAACAGACACAGGAUCAGGCUACGAAGGGCGAAGAACGAAAGGAUCGCAUUGCGCGUCUUCUCGCAGAAAAGGCUGCGAAAGGCUCUGCGAAAUCGGUCACAGCAUCGCCGUCGGCACCAGUCAAGCCUACUACCGCAGAAACCAAACCCCAAACGCAACAAGGAUCCAUGCCAACUGCUACACCGCCUACUGGCCCCAAAGGUAGGGUCUGGGGCGAGAAAGAACGAAUCCUUCAGCAGAAGAUCCUUGCGCUGCAGAAGUCUCGAGAAGCUCAAGCAGCUCAGAAGUCUACUCCUAGCAAAGCUGAACCUGCGCCCGCUCAAGGAAGUCAGAACGGAUCCCCUGUCCCUCCGCAGCAAUGGCCAAAUGCUCCCAGCGGCCCAUCUUCCACGACUAUUCCUACCGGUCCCCGUGCCAGUUCUGCUCAGAGCCUGGUUGGUAUCCAAACUGCGCCGGCGCCGUCCCAAGCUCCUCCUUCUCUUCCUGGUCUGGCCACCCCCACCAACACCCAGCCCAAUCCGGCUGCUCAGCGCAAGCGUCCUGUUGCAGCAGACUUCGUGGACUACUCGGCCUCAUCCAAGCGUCCCUAUGGGCACGUGCGCAACGACAACUCGUUCAUCAUCGACGUAAGCGAUGCUUCUGAUGACGAGGAGAUGGAUAUGGAUAUGGGUUCUCCGGUCGAAGAGGCACCGCCCUCACAACCUGUUGCCAACCGCGGCCCAUCUAUGCGCGAAUUCCCCCCUCGUACAGAGACCUUCACUCACCGGCAAAUUUCGAGCCCUGUUCCAUCCCUCACUCCUUCCGGUUUGAAUAACAAGCGGCGCGAGACCGAACUGGACCUAAAAGAAAAGGCCAUUCAGGAAAUGAAGAAGAAGAUUGCCCUUGCAGAGGCCAGACGCAAGGCCAAGCAGGCUGUUAGUGGCUCUGCUACGCCAAACCAAGUCGGUGUGGGCACACCGUCGUCUGAGAAGACGUCGGAGUCGUCUUCAACAAGCCUCUCCAAGUCUUCCGAUGCUGCCAAAGUCGAUUCUGAGCAACAAGUGGACCGUCGGGGUCAGAUUAGGAACAUUGACCUCCCGCGUGUCGAGUCAUCCCUCGAGGAGAAGCUUCGUAGGCUGAGGCAACUACGCGAGGAGGAGGCUCAGCUGCAAGCUGAAAUUAAUAAAGCACUUGCCGAAAAGAAGCAGUUGGCAGAUGAGCUAGAGCAUCUCGAAAAGCGCCGUGAGGCUACCCCUCAAUUGACUACCUCUGAGUCAUCAGUGGAUUCAGGUUUAAAUAAGGGGCAGUCCAAUGGUCACCCAAGCAAUGACCGAAAGACUGGAUACAACGCCAGGCCCCCGGCUGAGGGUCUGCCCACAGGUGCUACCACCACUGCCCCCCAGCCAGCUCCGGAAACCUCUGCUGGCGGCGAUGAGGCCGUCACGCCUACGGCUGCUGCCCGGUCUGACCGCGCCGAGUCAAACGCUCCUGUUACGGCGGACAGCUCCGUCGGUGGCAGCACCCUGGUGGCAGCAGCCGCUGCAGAAGCUGAGGUCGCUUCGACCCUGGCACCGGCGGCCUCAGCGGGCGGAGAUGACUCUUCGCCCGGCACCAGCCAGCCCAACCACGAGGGGCGGGCUGACGAAACCGAGUCCAUGGACUUGGAGUCUAGGUCUUCAAGUCCAACAACCGCUUCCGUCGACCAAGCAGUGCAGAGGGAAGCUAGUGGGGCCGGGGAAAAUUCUGGUUCUGUUCCCCAGCAGAUUUCGGUCGCUGCUCAGCCGCGCGAAGAGGCUCAAGAGUUGGAGGUUGACACUGCAGGCGAAGUAAAGGUCGUUUCUCGCGGCGGAGUGGACACUGAUCAACUGACGGAUCACCAGGUUUCUGACGAACGCGGCUCGAAACAAGACAACACUGCCUUGUCUUACUCCAGCCCUCUACGCUUUUUCCGGAACUUCCGAUUCCAUCCAGAGUUCACGCGGCUCGUGGCCGGUGGUUGGAGGUCUCUGACUUACAGCAGCAGGAUUGAUCCUGACAAAGAGAUGUGCCCAUAUGAGCUGGAGGGGACACAGUGCCCUUCUGGGUGCUCCUUCCAGCACUUUGUUGACAUCACUCCUGCUGAUGAAAGGAUCCUCCUGGAACUGUCCAAUUCGGACAUGUUCGACGGAGAAGACAAGGUCCGUUUCGUUGAAGGGCUCCGGGCUCUUCUUCAUCGGUUCAAAGCCGACAAGAUUAGAGACUUCGAAACUAUCGCCCGCGGCAUCAUUGAAUACCGCUUCCAGCACAUUGGCGACAGGUCCAAGCUGCUCCCCUUGGAUGGGGUGUCCAUCUAA